AGUGCGGCUGGAGAUAUAUUGCGAAGUGAGGCUUCAAAAGUUAACCGAGCGGCGAGACGUGAGUGUGAUAAGCAAGAGUAAUCUGAAACUCAGGUCAGUAGUCCCUGGUGUAGCCAACUGAUUUCAGCAAAUUUGACGUCAACGUCAACUAACCUGCGAACUUUAUCAACAAUACCCUGCUAACGGUAGCUAGCUACUUCGGAGACUGCCAGCUAGCAUCAAGACCCCUGCCCUUGCGCGUAGAUCCCAUCUAUCGCAGUCAUGUCUACCACCGGAGACUUUGGGAACCCACUGAGGAAAUUCAAAUUGGUCUUUCUCGGGGAACAGAGUGUGGGGAAGACCUCUCUCAUCACCAGAUUCAUGUAUGACAGCUUUGACAACACCUAUCAGGCCACAAUAGGAAUCGAUUUCUUGUCGAAAACCAUGUACCUGGAAGACAGAACAGUGCGGCUGCAGCUGUGGGACACGGCCGGCCAGGAGAGGUUCCGGAGUCUGAUUCCUAGCUACAUACGAGAUUCUACUGUUGCCGUGGUUGUCUAUGACAUCACAAAUGUCAAUUCGUUCCAGCAGACUACAAAAUGGAUUGAUGAUGUCAGGACAGAAAGAGGAAGUGAUGUCAUCAUCAUGCUGGUGGGAAACAAGACAGACCUUGCAGACAAAAGACAAAUAAGCAUUGAGGAAGGAGAGCAGAGAGCUAAAGAACUCAAUGUGUUGUUUGUGGAAACAAGUGCAAAGACAGGAUACAAUAUCAAACAGCUCUUCCGGCGUGUGGCAGCUGCCCUGCCUGGAAUGGAGAGCACACAGGAUAAAAGCAGAGAAGACAUGAUUGACAUAAAACUGGAGAAACCACCAGAGCAGCCUGUCAGUGAAGGAGGCUGCUCCUGCUAAAGCCUUUUCACUCCUCCUCCCCAGCUACCUGCGCCUCCCCCCUAACUCCCUCUGCCACUAACUCAUCCUUUAUCUUUCUCUCUCACUCUUUCACCCCGCAGUCUUUCCCACCUCCCUCGCCGCUGGUCUUUCUAACUUCCGUCUAGCGUCACUUCCUUUCUCCCACACCUCCUCCAGCUGCAGUGUCAGUGACCCCGCCCUCCGCCACCCCUGCCCCGCCCUCCAGUCUGAAGAGAACACUACUUGUCCCUCAGCGUGGCCGUGCUGUCUGCUGACUCAUUCUCAUGUCCUCAGGCUUAACCAGCACCGUGUGGACGUGGACUAUGUCGCUCCAUUUCCCUCAUGAAGUUAUUGGAUUUUUGCUUCCGUUAAACUUCCUCCCGUGGUUCAGUAAAGUGUUGAGAAACAAAGCUUUCUUUUUUUUCUUUUUGUUUUUUUUUUUCUUUUUAAAAACAAUACACUUUUCAUUGGCACUGUGUCAUGUUGUAUGUUUACCCGUGUGAAGCAGUUGUCCUGUGGUGUGACACAGUUCUGUGGAGAUCAUAAAGAGUAACUGUAGAGAACUGGGUUCAGCCAUGGUCACUCAGCUGAUAGGAUGACCUGUUUACUGUAGAGUAGGACAGAGUAAGACACGAGGGCUUUACUCUGCUGUGGUGGAAAUGAGACUGGCCAUACAGACGUGAAUGGCUGAGAAAACUGUAAACUGUUAGAUCCAAAUAUGCAUGGAGAGCUAUAGUAGAGAUGGAGCUUUGUGUGAAGAACCAUUGGGAUGUUGUUCAUUUCAGCCAGACAAGGCUGUUUACGUGUUUACCUGUGUCAUUUGGGAAAGUCAAAAUCUGGUUUUUGGUAAUUGCAAACUGUUGGGAGCGUCCAAAUUUAGGUUUACACACAGUGACCACAGAGGGCCGGCUGUAGCUUCACGGCGCUGCUCCAAGUUUCCUCAUCUACGUGUUUCAAAUGAUAUGCAAAGGAUUUACAGAGAGAUGGAAAUGUUUUUCACCAACCCUUUCUCCUCCACCUCCUCUUUUUUCUGUGGCUGUUUUUUUCACCAUGGCUGCCGUUGUUUUCUCUCUUCUCUCUGGUCGAGUUAGCAGUUGGAGAAGAAAAACCUAAUGAGAGUAGGGUUUUUUUUUUCCCAGAGAUUGUUUUUGUUUUUGUUUUGUUUUGUAUAUAAAGGGAAGUACCAUACUCAGUAACAGAACUGAUAAUAUAUGAGAUCAUAUGCAGCCGCGCCUUUCAGACCAUUGGUUUUAUAGCGCUUCCACUGGGUUUGUUUCUGCUCCUCAUGUAAAGUAUGAUUUGAUGUAAUAUUGACACUUUAGCUAGGACUUUUUUUUCUUUUCUUUCACUCUUUGGUUUGUUUAAUCGAGCAUUUUCUGUAAUAUUUAUUUCUACUUGAUCAUGUUUCAGUUUUAUUUUUAAUGAUAUAGUUGUAGGGUACCCCCCUCACCCCACCCACACCCCAAAUUCACUGAUAUGUUCUCUCAGUGACUCGCCCAAGCCCACCACUGUUUGUUAGCGCGGCGUGUUAAUACAGCGUGUUAAUAGAGUGGUCAGUCCAUAUUCUCUUUUCUGCCCAUACAGCUGUUGUGAACCAGUUUGAGAUACAGUACAGUGUGUGUGAGGGUAUUUCCCUCAUCCUGUCUGUCUGUGUGUGUGUGUGUGUGUGUGUGUGUGUGUGUGUGGAGGAAAGUAUCACUUUGGUUGGCUUCAGGCAGUCCUGUUUUUUUUUUUUUUUGCUGUUGGUUUGGUUUUUGUUUUUGUUUUGAAGGUUUGAGUGGUUUUAUCCAUCACUGCCACGUGCUGCCGUGAUGCUGUACACAGAAGCUCUCAUAAUUUGCACUGCUAGGGUUCCUCUGUGUCUUGACAUCCCUAAUAGAGAACUGUAUUUAGUCACUAUGGAAAUGUCCUUUUUUUGAUUGUUAAACAAUAAAUAAAUA